ACAUUCUUUUGAUUGAUGAUCGACAAGAUUAAUAAUCUUGAUAAUCCGGUAAUCUGCUGGAUUUACGCGAAGAAUUAUAAAAGCGAAGUGAACACAAAGAAUAGACAUAGUCUCCAUACAAUUGCCAUGAAGCUUGUUUACUUCGUUCUGUCAUUUGUUGCUCUGGCUUUGGCCGAGCUAAAAAUUCGGGAUUUUACUCAGAAUGAAGAUCGGAGUAUUGACUUAAAUAAGUUGAUGGACCGUUUUAAUCCUCAAAUUUCAGAAUUUAUUAUUAAUCGUGGCUUGGAUCCGCUCGAUCUUCCACGUACUGAACAAAAAUUGUGGGUGCAAUUUCCGAAUUCUACUUCCGAGAGAGAGGGAGAGAUACCUAUCCAACCAAUGAUAUACAAAGCUGACCUCAUUUUGCAUUCGGGAAAAUUGGAACGUUUAUCCACUUUGAAACGCUAUGGCGACGCUACCUUAACUUACAAAGAUAACAUAUUAAAUACUGAGUUUGGAUUUGAAUUCGAACUUUUGGAGGGAACAUACAAUUAUAUUCUAAAACUAGUGUUCUUCGACUGGACAGGUCGCGUUACAGUUUCAGGAGAAAAUGUACACGCUAAGGUUAACAUUUUAUUCGACACGACAAAUUACAUUCUGACUCUCAACAAGUUCGAGUUACAAGUUGAUGGUAGCAUUAAAGUGACAUUCCAUCAAAACGGAUUAGCGGGUGCGAUAAAGACAGCUAUCGUCAAUAUGAUAAUACCAUUCUUCAAAAACACUAUUACGGACACCGUUCAAAAGGAAGUGACAAAUACAAUUCAAUUCUAUUUCAAUGAAAUAAAUCGAAUAAUUGCUCCGCGCGAAAAAUCGGAGCCCGUUUUCAACUAUCAGCUAUUAAAUCAGUUAUUGGAUCAACUGAACAAAUAAAUAUUGAUUUUUUAAUAUAAUAUUGUACAUACUUGUAUUUAUUAUUUCUAAAUAUAUUAUACUUCUUUAA